AUGAAUCCGAAGCAGUCGCUCGUCUCUUACAACCUCUGGGGAUCGGCGUCGCCCACAGACCUGAAGCGACGUUUCGUCAUGAAACCCAAGUCCCCUCUGUCACGAGGCGAAACAGCGAAUGUCGUCUACUGUGUCCAGUGCAGUUCCUGUGAGGCGAACUACGUUGGAGAGACCGGAAAACGUCUACAAUCCCGCAUAAGUGAGCACGCAAGAGCAGUGAGAAGGAUGGACCAACUCUCACUGGUGGCGGAACAUUGUGCAGCCUCUGGGCACGCUUUCGCCUUCCAGAACGCCGAAAUCCUAGGCCGAGGUACCGACCAGGCAGCCAGGGAAACGCUCGAAGCCUGGCACACCGUACCAACUUCCAUCAACCGCUGCACGAUUCUCCCGGCGGCUUACCAGGCCCUACGAGUGCGAUUCAACCAACGGAAUCAAAGGCAGGAAGUCAGGACCACAAGCCCAAGUGAACACUGUUCGCGCCCAAACACCGAUGACGGGGGUCAGCAGGCCGAUAAAGGAGACACAGGCAACGGGCCAGCAGCCACCGAGGUGCACACGGGCAGAGGCAAACGGGCGACAAUUACGAGAAAUGCGGGUCAGGCACAACAAAUGCGGGUAAUGCAGACGAGGUCAAUGACCGUUGCCAUCCCGACUCAGCCCACCCGACUAGGAGACGAGGAAGGGACCGGCCAGCACGACAGCAAUUAA